AUGGCUUACCGUUUACUGACGACGGCCAAAAAACUUGAAACCGUUCUUGUCGGACUGAACAGAUCACAGCGCACUGUAAAUGGGCCGGAUUGCGAACAGAUCAUCCGUAACCUAAGUUAUCUUCAGCGAAGUAGCAAUAGAACAUGGAACGAAUUCAUCCACCGCAUAAAAGUGUUCUGUGAAAAGCCCCCAAAAGGUUUCGAAAAAUACUACAAACCUCACGGAGCCAGUACUUCUCAACAAAAACAAGCGUCUAAAGCCGAGCCAAGCAGUACUAACAAAGAUGGGGGUCCAUCGGAACAGUCUACCUCCUCCUCAUCUGCUCAGUCCACGGCACCACCAGGGGCAUCGCCACGGAAAAACGAUUGGAAUUUGGGCAUGUUUUCUCCACAACCGGCUCGCGGUAAAGGCGGUUCAAGCGGUGGUGGCGGAUCCGGUCGACCCAUUGGUGGUGGUGAAGAUGGUGAUAAGGAAAAAAUGCUGAUAUUUGGCGCGUUAGCCGGAGUGGCAUUAAUAUCUGCCAUUGCAUUCUUUGAAAUGGGAUACAAAGAAAUUGCGUGGAAAGAAUUCGUAAACAACUAUCUCGCACGAGGAAUCGUCGAUAAAUUGGAAGUGGUUAACAAAAAAUGGGUCCGAGUUAAAUUAACUCCCGGUAAUGCUUCGGACUCUUCGGGUGUUCUAUGGUUCAAUAUCGGAAGUGUGGACUCAUUCGAGCGUAAUCUAGAGAAUGUGCAAACCGAUAUGAACAUAGAGCCGGUAAAUUUUGUUCCGGUCAUCUACCGAAGUGAACUAGAAGCGUCCAGCUUAACAGGGCUGUUACCGACACUGUUGAUAAUCGGAUUCCUUGUGUAUAUGAUGCGCCGUUCUUCAGAAAUGAUGGGUGGAGGCAGAGGAGGACGCCGCGGAGGUGGCCUUUUUGGGGGCGUGAUGCAAUCGACUGCCAAACUAAUCAAUGCUAAUGAAAUCAACGUCGGGUUCAAGGAUGUCGCCGGCUGCGAAGAGGCAAAAAUUGAAAUUAUGGAAUUUGUUAACUUCCUUAAAAAUCCCCAACAGUACAUUGAUCUUGGGGCGAAAAUUCCCAAGGGCGCAAUGUUGACAGGCCCUCCAGGUACGGGUAAAACGUUGCUUGCGAAAGCAACUGCCGGCGAGGCGAACGUGCCGUUUAUCACAGUGUCCGGCUCGGAGUUUCUGGAAAUGUUCGUCGGUGUAGGGCCGUCGCGAGUGCGCGACAUGUUCGCGAUGGCUCGCAAAAAUGCCCCAUGCAUUCUGUUCAUCGAUGAAAUCGAUGCCGUAGGUAGGAAGCGCGGGGGAAAAAGUUUCGGAGGUCAUUCGGAACAGGAAAAUACGCUCAACCAGCUGCUGGUCGAGAUGGAUGGAUUCAAUACGACGACGAAUGUGGUCGUGCUAGCCGCUACGAACCGUGUGGACAUCCUUGACAAGGCGCUACUACGUCCAGGACGCUUCGAUCGACAGAUAUACGUCCCAGCACCAGACAUAAAGGGACGAGCGUCCAUAUUCAAAGUGCAUUUGGGACCACUGAAGACAAACCUGGACAAGACGGAUUUGGCUCGCAAAAUGGCCGCCCUAACACCGGGCUUUACCGGUGCGGACAUCGCGAAUGUGUGCAACGAAGCAGCUCUGAUCGCGGCUCGCGAUCUACAUGAAUCGAUCAUUAUGAAGCACUUUGAACAGGCAAUCGAACGGGUGAUUGCGGGUAUGGAGAAAAAGACGAACGUUCUAUCACCGGAGGAAAAGCGUACCGUUGCAUACCACGAAGCAGGGCAUGCCGUAUCUGGUUGGUUCCUCGAACAUUCGGAUCCGCUGCUGAAGGUGUCGAUUAUCCCGCGUGGCAAAGGUCUUGGAUACGCACAGUACCUCCCGAAGGAUCAGUAUUUGCUGACUACGGAGCAGUUGUACGAUCGCAUGUGUAUGACGCUCGGUGGGCGCGUUUCGGAAGAGAUUUUCUUCGAACGCAUCACAACCGGUGCACAGGACGAUCUUAAAAAGAUCACCGACAGCGCGUACGCUCAGAUCACGCGUUUUGGCAUGAACAAGAAGGUUGGUAACGUUAGUUUCGAUAGCUCGCAACCGGGCGAUCCCAUGUUCUCGAAACCGUACUCGGAGCAGACGGCACAGAUUAUCGACGAGGAAGUGCGUGCGCUGAUCGAUCGAGCAUACGUUCGAACGACGGAACUGCUAACCAAGCACAAAGCCGACGUAGAAAAGGUUGCGGAGCGGUUGCUCAAGAACGAGAUUCUCAGUCGAGACGAUAUGAUCGAGCUGCUCGGCAAGCGCCCAUUCCCGGAGAAGUCGACGUACGAGGAGUUCGUGGAAGGUACGGGCUCAUUCGAAGAGGACACCACGUUGCCUGAAGGGCUUGCCAACUGGAAUAAGGAGAAGGCUAGCAAAGAAGAUGGCGCAAAAGAGGAUGAAACUAAGGUGAAAGCUUAAAUGAAUGGUUUGUUAUCUAGUGCAUGAAGUGAAAAGUUUAAUGAAUGUGUCCUAUACGAAGUGAGAAACAAAACACAAAAUAAA